ACAGACAGACUGCAUACAAGUCCUGCACAGGUUUAACAUUGCCAGAGACAGCACACAACCCACAAGUGACAGACGUUCAAGUCGCUUUUACAAACUGAAGUCACGGAGUCCUAUCAUGAAUGGAAAACUUCACGCUAAAAGACCGCACUCGAGAUGAAACUCUUUGAAAGUGGAUUACGUUUUUCUGCAUAACUGGUCAUUUCAACGUGACCGGCCGGCACGGGACAUUUUACUCUUUUAAAUUCUGUAUUUAUAUUUAAGUGUUUUGGAGAGUGUGAGUGUCUGAUCAUGGCUGGAGAGAGACUUAUUCACCUGCUGAGGAGAUUUUGGAUGGUGUGUCUGGUGCAAGUUUUGUGUGUGAAGGGCAGCAAGCUGUGGGAGGUGCCCAUCGCCCCCCUAACACACAACGGUAACCUUAGCACAAAGCUGUUUUGGGAACCCCAGUGCCAGGCUCAUCUACGCCACCUGCAGAAGGAGGCAAGAAUGACAGCCAUCGUACCGCCAAAGCUGGACGGCCAAUGGGUGUCAAGCAGGUGUGAGGUGCGACCCGGUCCAGAAUUCCUCACUCGAUCCUACACCUUCAACCAAAGCCCAAUGCGUCUCUUCCGAGCUCUCCAACACUACUAUUCUGAUAGCAACUGCCACACACCUUCCUACUCCCUCGUGAUCCGUGGAAAACUGAGACUCCGCCAGGCCUCCUGGAUCACCCACGGUGCGACUGAGGCGGAGCAUCAGCUCCAUAAAGUAGGAAUGGUGGUUCAUAGCCAAAAGGCCAUCCAUCAUCUCUCUACCCGUCUGCCGUCUUCAUGUCUGGGUCUCAAAGCUGGUGAACACCUGGUGCGUCAUCGUUUGUAUGAACUCUUUAAUGCAAAAGAAGAGAAGGACUGCUUGGGUGCCAUUGGAUUCUCCAUGAUGGAGUUGGAGUUGCUAAGGGUCGAGACCCAUCAUCCUUCUCACAGUAGGCCAGCGAAGGAGCUGUUCUUAGGGGACAUACACACAGACUGGAAUGAAAGGGUUCAUCAUAGACCGACUGGAUAUCAGGAGCCUCUACAGAACGCUAUGCAUCACAUCCACCCAUGUCCAGUGUGUGCACUUGUUUACCGAGGCUCUGAACAGCAUCCGCCUGUUCUCUCUUCACCUACAUCCAUCCCUCUGGACCUAAACGGGCGCUGGGUGAGCCAACGCUGCGAGUCCCGUCCUUCCAUCCUCUUUCUCACCCGUUUUUUUGCUUUCAAUGAGGAGCAACGCACCUGGGAGGGCUCCUACCAACAUUACUCCGACCCAAUGUGCAGGCAUCCUAGCUUUACACUGUCUGCAUCAGGGCAUUAUGUCAAAACAGGGAACUCUGUGAAAGUACUUGGCGCCACCAAGCUUGUUUUCAAAGUGACACGGGCAAAAUUGGUCGUGUUUGAGCGGGCGUUGUUGCGGGAAUUAAAUUCAUCGCAAAAUGGAAGUUGCGGGGAGGUGGGCGGGUGGGAAAUAGGUGUUGAGCAAGACCUAACCUGGACGGAUGGUUGUGAGGCGCUGGCGAUUGGACUUCCUCACAAAGAGUACGAGUUAUUUAAAAUGGAGGUUGAUCAUAAGAGGCAGCCCUUGUUGUUUGUUGGGGAACGGCCUACCGAUGGAUCCAGCCCAGACCGACCUGCGAAAAGGCCAACGUCCUUUCAGACGCCAAUGGUGUGGUGUAGUACAGUGACCGGGUUGGAGCUACGCUACAGUUCCCAAAGUGAACGUUCAACGGUACCAAAGACAAGUUCUGCAAAGGCACUGUAUUCUUCAAUGAUUCUUCUGGUUGUUGUAAACAUACUGAGCUUGGGAAUCUUCAUCUAACUGAUCAAUUGCCAAAACAUGAUGGAUAAAGGUGCCACCAAACCCUGACACAAUCCUGUCCAUUGGAGAGGAAAAUCGUUCGGUUCAGUGUUUGAGAGUGCCAUGACAGUUUUAUCCAUAGAACGAUUUUUAUAAAACAAAACUGUACAUAGGAACUUUUUUCUAAUCACAUAGUAUAUAUACAUUCAAAUGUAAUGUGUGCCGUUUGGAGUGUUGUUUAGUUUUGAUAAGAAUUACAGAUCGUUACACUGAUGUCUAUCCAAAGCAUGAACGUUUGGUCAAAAACAUUUAUCAACAUUCCAACGUGAAACUACGAAAGACAAAAAUUGGCUAAUGGACAUUUGGGUGACUGGAAACUACAGAUGCUUACCAAGAACAGUCCAAGAAAUGUGUUGGUGGUCGAAAGCCUCUCUUUUAGACCUUGUCCUGGUUGCGUAGAAGUGCUUAUAUGGACUACAUUUGGCAUGAUGGUGACGCUCAUAAAUUACUCUGUAUUAUUUCAACAUCGGACUGUUGUCUUUAAAGGAAGGCAAUGUCGCCCAUAAUAUUGUUAUGUAGAUGUAAUCUUAUAAAAUGGUGAGGGUGCCUUGAACAUAUUUAUUGCUACCAUUAAAGUACUUUUGAUAAGAAAUUC